AUAUAAAAAAAAAAAAUGUUUCUUCUUUCACAUAGAGUACAACGAACUAUUAUAACGAACUCUUUCAAUACAUUAACACGAAUAUUUAAACCACAGGAAUUACAAAUUUCUUUUAUUAAUUUUCGUCAAUUAACUACAAUUAAAAAAAAGAAGGAUCAGGAUUCAUCUCAAAAAGAUUCAGAUAAAAAGUAUAAACCUCCCGCUUUAGGAGUUAACCCUGCUUAUGAUGAAGCACUUAAAUAUAUUUAUGAGGAUAAAGCACAAAAAUAUGAAGAAAUACGAUUAAUUGAUAUAAUGAUAGAAAAAUUAAUGAAAAAUAGAAGAAAUGAACAAUUUGAUCAAGAAUUAAAUGAACUUAAAAAGAAGAAAUAUAAUUUACAAGUUUUAGCCGAAAUAAAUGAUCCAGAAGUUCGAUGGAAUUUUAAAAAUGGUAAAAUUGAUAUGAGUAUACCUGUUUAUCGUCAUUUACGAGAGAAAUAUUGGAGAAAAGAACCUCUUCAUAAAUUGAUGCAACGAAUAACACAAAUGUAUGUUGUUCCUGAUGUAUUCCCUACCUUGUUACCUAUGAUUGAUCUUGAAUUUAAAUUUAAAAAUGAUAUAAUUGAGCCCGGUGUUUUUCUAUUCCCCGCUCAAACAAGAAAAGAACCUACAGUGAUUCUAAACAAUUUUCACGAAGAAACACUUUUAUACACACUUAUCAUGGUUGAUCCAGAUAUGCCUGAUGCAUUGAAUAAAACCUAUCAAACAGAAUGGCAUUGGCUAAUAACUAAUAUUCCUCUUAAUGUAACAAAAUCCGAUAUUUCUGGUGGUGAAGUAAUUUUACCUUAUAUUCCUCCUCAUCCACCUAAAGGAACAAAAUAUCAUCGUUAUACUUUAGCUAUUUUAGAACAACCUAAUAAUCAAAAAAUUAUAAUACCUGAAAAUAUGGGUCGUGUUAAGGAUGUUAGAGAAUUUAUGAGUGAUUAUAAUUUAAAGUUACGUGGUGCUUCUUUUUUCCGUGAAGUUUGGGAUGAAGAAGUUAGCAAAAUUUAUGCUAAUAUUUUAGGUAUCCAUGAACCAAAAUAUGGUAGACAACCAAAGGUUGAUAAAUACUUGGAUGAAACUGGAUCGAAACAACAAAAAUACACAAAUCUUUAGAAUAAAUCAUAUAAUUUAUUUAUCAAAAUAAAGCAAGCAUUUUUAAA